AUGAAACCCUCGGACCCGGAUUUCCCGUUUGAACUGGACAGCCUGCAAUGUACCCUGACUGUCCCGACGUCCUACCCCGACAAUGGAAAGCCCACCGUCCGGGUUGGCAAUGCCGAAAUGCCACGAGGCUACCAGAUCAACGUCGAAAAGGGAUUCGACAGCCUUGUCGAGCAGGCUCCGGGCAGGACACUGUUGGCCUUGCUCAACGACCUGGACAAAGGUCUUGAGAAGUUUUUGACGGCGGAAAAGGCCAAGACCAUCAAGAUCGUAGCGAAUACCGACAAGAGCGUCAAGCCUCCUCCACCGGUCAAGCAGGCGACUCCGGUUCCUUCGGCACCAAUUGCACCAGCACCGACACCGGCUCCAGGACCUCCUCCGCCACCCUCCUGGACACGGCAGCAGACAAUCGAUGCACUGGCCAAGAGACAGGCGGAUCUCCGUCAAUUGGAAGCUCGCAUGGGCCGGGUACCGAAUUUCUCCAAAAGCGCUGAUGGCACAAGGUUCAACAUCCCCGUGCAGAUCGCCAACCCCGGUUGGCUUCCUCUGUCGUUGCAGUCUGUCAAAGAAGUCACCUUGAUCGUGUCCAAGCUGUACAAUCUGGAGCCCCCUACGGUCCAGUUAAAGGGUGUCGCCGGUGCGGAAGCGGACAGCGUCCGACUGGCAUUCGAGAGACAUGCUCGAGAACAUUCCGACAUGACAUUGAUGGCGCAUAUCAACCACCUGAUCCAGAACAUCCACACAAUGGCUACGGAAGAGAUCAAGACAACUCCCCCUUCCGUUGCUUCGGUGUCUGAAACACGGGCCCACGAGGAGCCCAACAACGUGUCAGCCGGCGAAGAAGAAACUGGCCCUGACGAGACAACAUUGGACCCCGAACGGCCGCACCUCAAAGUCAUUCCGCGACCUCCAGAAUGGAACCGGCACGACUCAGCAUCGGAGUACGACUGCGACUCCGACUCCGACAUAUCCUACGAGACCGAUGACAACGACAACACCCAUUCUGAAGCCGACCAGGAAGAAGACGAGGCGGCCGAGCACGACGGCGGUGCUACGCUUCCAGCAGCAGCGACAUCGACAUCGACAUCAACAUCAUCCGAGAAAGGGAUCAUCCUAUCCUUUCCCAACCUUGAACUGCACAACAUCGAGCUCCUAGUGCUGGUCUCCCUAUCGCUCUCGGUGAAAUGCAUGCGCUGCAAAUCCGCACUAGACAUCACCAACGUCAAACCCAGCAACGCACUGCCCUCCACCAACAAGCCAGCCACAACAAGCACUUCAUCAUCGACUCCAGCGACGUCCAGCGUGCGUGCCGAAACCUGUCUGAAAUGCACCACACCAUUCACCCUCAGCUACACGUCGAGUCCGCUGCACGCCCACUGGGUGCGCGCCGGCACCGUGGAGCUGACGGGAUGCACGAUCGCCGACCUUCUGCCCAGCACGUUCCAACCGACGUGUUCGUCCUGCUCCACAACCUUCCCCGUGCCACCCGGAAUGAUCUCCGUGCGCGGCGAUACGCCCAUCCAAGUCUGUCGAGCGUGCCACGCCAAAAUGACCUUCACCAUCCCCGAAGUCAAGUUCCUGCGCGUCUCGCAUCCCAGUACGGCUGGUGCUGAAGCGUUGCCGCUGCGUCGCCGCCCCAAAAAGGAAAUGCUGGGCAUCUCCGCCGGCACACCGCUGCCCGCGAACGGCGCGUGCCCGCACUACCGCCACAGUUAUCGCUGGUUCCGCUUCGGCUGCUGCGGCCGCGUCUACCCGUGCGACCGGUGCCACGAUGCCGCGGAGGCCCAUGUCAACGACCAUGCCGACCGCAUGAUCUGUGGCUGGUGUAGUCGCGAACAGCGCUUCCGGCCGGAGGACUGUGUCGUCUGUGGUAGGAGCGUGGUCAGGAAGAGAAAAGCUGCCCGCGCCGGCUUCUGGGAGGGUGGUCGGGGGACGCGCGAGAAGGGGUUGAUGAGUAGGAAGGAGCCGAGGAAAUAUAAACGGCCUCCUGGAGGGACGUUGGCUGCGAAGAAGAAGAAGAAGGAUGAAUGA